AUGGGGGUCCAGGCCCAGGCUCCGAGGCGGCGCGCGGCGGCGGAACGACACAGGCAGGUCCGAGACGGCGUGGUUCUCGCGGGGCACCCGGGAGCGCCCCGAGCUGCUACCGUGAACCCCGAGAAGGAUUUCGCGCCGCACACGCCCAACAUCUUUCGCGCCCUCAAUGACAAGCUCUACGAAAAGCGGAAGGUGGCAGCGCUGGAGAUCAAGCUGGUCCGGGAGUUCGUGGCCCAGAACAACACCGUGCAGAUCAAGCAUGUGAUCCAGACCCUGUCUCAGGAGUUUGCCCUGUCUCAGCACCCCCACAGCCGGAAAGGGGGCCUCAUCGGCCUGGCCGCCUGCUCCAUCGCACUGGGCAAGGACUCGGGGCUCUACCUGAAGGAGCUGAUCGAGCCCGUGCUGACCUGCUUCAAUGACGCCGACAGCAGGCUGUGCUACUACGCCUGCGAGGCCCUCUACAACAUCGUCAAGGUGGCCCGAGGCGCCGUGCUGCCCCACUUCAACGUGCUCUUUGAUGGGCUGAGCAAGUUGGCUGCGGACCCAGACCCCAAUGUGAAAAGUGGAUCUGAGCUCCUAGACCGCCUCUUAAAGGACAUCGUGACAGAGAGCAACAAGUUCGACCUGGUGGGCUUCAUCCCCUUGUUGCGGGAGAGGAUUUACUCCAACAACCAGUACGCCCGGCAGUUCAUCAUCUCCUGGAUCCUGGUUCUGGAGUCCGUGCCAGACAUUAACCUGCUGGAUUAUUUGCCGGAGAUCCUGGAUGGACUCUUCCAGAUCCUGGGCGACAACGGCAAAGAGAUUCGGAAAAUGUGUGAGGUGGUCCUUGGAGAAUUCUUGAAAGAAAUCAAGAAGAACCCCUCCAGUGUUAAGUUUGCUGAGAUGGCCAACAUCCUGGUGAUCCACUGCCAGACCACGGACAACCCAAUGAAAAAAGUGGGCAGAUUGUCUAAAUAG